CGAGGACGGCGGCGAAGCAUUGGGUGAAAAGACGCUCAAGCUAUUUGGUGUCGAGGAUGGCAAGGGCGUGUGGAUAGCAAUGCGGGUUGGCUCGAAGCAGGCUGCCGAGGAGUUGAAGGGCGUGCUGCGCAGGUGUUUGGAUUUGGGCGAGCGCGAGAAAAGUGAACAAGAAAAUAGCGAGAUAGAGGUAGCAUAACGCCCGUAGGCAGACUACUCCACGAGCCAUGAGAUGAGGACUGUCUUCUACCAGCUGGGCGAAUGGGCCUUGAUACUCAGCAUCUAUGCACUGCCGGGGACUGCUGUCUGGGACGGGGAAUCUCUUUGUUGGGCUAUAGCCGUCGUUUUGGCAACCUCUGCCGUAUGUCUCUACAACGCGGAGCGGCAUCGCUGGACGAGUCUUUUGCUUUAUAGGGUCGUCUUGCCUCAUUCUAUAGCCUAUCGUCGAGGCAGCAGCUCAUUCCUCGGUGCAAUCCCCUUCCUAUACACCUUUUUCAACCACGUUCGGCCACUUGGCCCAUGGUCACCCUCUGCAGCAACGCUUGUUGAACUGCUGGGCUAUACGUUUUCAGACUCGCUGAGGCCCUUGCUCUCGCUUCAGAUCCACGCCCUUGGUAAGGUGCUUGCUGGUACAUCACUCAAGGAGGUCGAGCUAUCGCUCAUCAGCCAGGCUUUUGCUGCCUUCACUUGGCGCUACCUUCAUCAAGACUGCACUUUUUACGAAACUUUGCUAUUCGGCAUGCUCUGGGGGCUGCUAGUUGCUUGCACAGCUGCGACACCCUUCCUGCAGCAGAGCAUCAAGCUGGCUAAAAUCAGGCCACAACAUCGGCCGAAGCAUUGUGCAAAGCUCAAGCUGGCGACAGCUGCAAAAGCAUACGUCGUCAUGGUGCUGGUCGUUCUCUUCGCUGUACGUCCUUGGCUUGGCAAAACUCUCGGUCAGGAUCCUUUCUUUUGGCUCAUAAGCUACUUGACCGUGCCUCGUCUUAUUCUGAUUGCCUACUGGCUUGCUGUCGCUGGCACUGGUGUCAUUGUGGUUAUUUACUUUUGGGGCAGCAAACCCGUUGGCGGUCUUUCCGGUCUUCCACGCAAUGCCAUCAAGCUCCUUGCACCGAAAGAUGACGAUGUAUUCUUUGAAGACGAGGAUACUCAGCAACGUCGAUCGCGUGCACUCGACCGACGUCGCAAGUUCUUUCACGGUCUAGUUGUCGUUUUGUUCCUGCCGACACUCAAUCGCGAUCCACCCUUGAGCUAUCUGGCACUCAGUCUCGCAACGGCCGCAUUCAUCUUCGAAGAAGUCAUCCGCGUUGCUGUGGUAGCGCCGUUUGGCAUUCCCAUUCACAAGUUUCUCAGUGGCUUCACAGAUACCCGUGACCACGCCGGCCACCUCGUCGUCAGCCAUCUCUUUCUGCUCCUCGGCGUUUCCGCGCCCGUCUGGAUCUCUCUGACGGAUUCGACCUCCCCGCAUAUUGCUCUUCUCAGUGGUGUCUUGACACUCGGUGUCGGUGAUGCAGCGGCAAGCAUCGUUGGCAAGAAAUUUGGCAAGCACAAGUACCCGGGUCUAGAAAAAUCUUUGGAAGGCACGCUAGCUUUUAUAGUCGCCGUCGCAUUAGGUGGGGCGAUUGCAGCGGCAUUUGGCUGGACGGGCACACCGCUAACUGCAUCGAGUCGAGCACGUUUUCUUGUGGGUGCAAUUAUGACUAGUCUGAUGGAAGGCAUCAGCUCUGAGAAUGACAACUUGAUUAUACCCAUGUACAUGUGGUGCUGGGUCUGGUAAGAUCACGUCUUUCAAUAAGUGGCUACACGUCGUCAAAAGCAAGCAAAAGUAAAUCGAGGAAGUCCAUCUGGCUGGACAUCUGUCUUUCCCUCAAUCAGCCGUGCUCACCGGGCAAACAAGCGUCUACGAUAUCGAGGCCGGGUAAUUUGAGCCAGUGCUCAGUCGAUAGUACUUACGACGGAUCAAUUUGAAGCUUGUCUCAACCGUUUUCUAGCUAUAUUUGGCUAUGCGACCUCAUGUUUCUUGCUUUUGGUGCUCCCGAAGAGAGAACGGCCCCCCAUUCCAAUUUCCAACCGUUGCAGGCGAA